AUGGGGAAGUUGGGUCUUAGUUGCAUCCGCAUGGCACUCUCAGACUUGUAUGCUUCACAGCGUUAUUAUAAAACUAGGCUCAUUCUCAAUGUCAAGGAUUCCAUGGCAGAGGUGAUUGAAGCUGCUUCAGUAGGUUUGGAUUUGAUAGAAAAUGGGAAGGUCAAAGCCAUCAUAGGGCCCCAAAUUUCGAAGCAGGCCAACAUUCUUAUUGAUGUGGGACUCAAAUAUCAGGUUCCUAUUAUAUCAUUUUCAGCUACCAGCCCUUCUCUAAGUAGCCCUCAAAGACGAAGUCCUUAUUUUUUUCGAGUGGCACAGAAUGAUGCAGCUCAAGUAAAAGCCAUCUCAGCAAUUGUUCAAGCUUUUGGAUGGAAGCAAGUGGUUCCCAUAUACUCACAAGGCAUAUAUGAGGAGGAACUAAUACCUUAUAUGACUAGAGCAUUACUAGAGGCAAAUGUAUCUACUCCUUAUCAAAGUGCAAUCUUCCCUUUAGCAACCAACCAACAGAUUCUCCAAGAGCUUCAUAAAUUGAAAAUGAUGUCCAAUAGAAUCUUUAUUGUGCAUGUGUCACUUAAAUUGGGUUGUCGUUUGUUCACAAUGGCAAGAAACAUGGGAAUGAUGAAGCAAGGCUAUGUUUGGAUCAUGACCACAAGGAUGAGUAAUCUUUUAACCUUGAAGAAUUCUUCAAUUAUUGAUUCAAUGCAAGGGGUCUUAGGUGUGAGUAGCUACUUUCCAAAGACAAAAGAGCUUGAAGAUUUUGAUGCUAGGUGGAAGAAAAAAUUUCAACAAGAAUAUCCUAGCAUCGUUGACACUCAAAUAAAUGUUUUGGGUCUAUGGGCCUAUGAUGCUGCAACAGCACUAGCUAUAGCGAUUGAGAAAGUUGUGCUCACAAAUAUGAGAUUCCAAAAUACAAAUGCUUCAAACAAUGCAACAAAAUUUGGAGAUAUGAGGCUCUCUCAAAUUGGUCCAAAACUUAGGGAAGCGUUACCCACGAUCAGAUUUCAAGGCCUUGUAGGGGAGUUCAGUUUUGUCAAUGGAGAAGUAAAUUUAUCAUCUUUUCAGAUAAUUAACAUCAAUGGUGAUGGGAAAAGAGUGGUUGGAUAUUGGACACCACAAAAUGCACUACAAAGAAAUAUGGAUUCCACAAGCAUGGGUGCUUAUUCUAUCUCUAAGACCAAUCUAGGACCAAUUAUUUGGCCAGGGGAUUCUUCCUCUACCCCUAUAGGCUGGGAUGAAUAUGAAUUAGCCAACACCAAUUAUUUGAGGGUAGGAGUUCCCUUUGAUCAAUAUAAAAGGUUCAUUGAUAAAAAAGGUGACCAAUAUAAUAACACAUUUGUUCUUGUGGGUAGCUACAGCAUUGAUGUUUUCAACUACGUAAUAGGGACGUUACCGUACAAGGUUCCUUACGAAUUUGUCUAUUUUGCCAACUAUUAUGACCCUUUCCACCCAGGUUUAAUCUACGAUAACUUGAUCAAGCAAACUUAUCUUGGGAAAUAUGAUGUGGUGGUAGGAGAUAUAAUGAUCAAGGCUAAUUGGUCCAUAUAUGUGGACUUCACAUUGCCGUUUACCGAGAGUGGUGCAACUUUUAUAGUGCCAACAACAAAACUAAGUAACAAGACAAAGGCUUGGAUUUUCUUGAAGCCCUUGACAUGGGAACUAUGGCUCACAACCGGUUGCUUCUUUGUGUUCAUUGGCUUUGUGGUUUGGGUGCUCGAACACCAUGCCAAUGAAGAUUUCAGAGGAUCUCCCUCCCAUCAAGUCAGCACUAGCUUUUGGUUUUCCUUCUCAACAUUAGUUUUUGCACAGAGGGAGAGGGUCCAGAGCAACUUGGCUAGGUUUGUGGUGAUCAUAUGGAUUUUUGUAGUGCUUAUACUAACACAGAGUUACACAGCUAAUUUGGCCACGUUAAUGACAGUUCAACAGCUAAGACCAACUGUGACAGAUGUGAGUCAGCUACUACAGAAUGGGGACUUUGUAGGAUAUCGAUAUGGGUCUUAUUAUACUUACGAAUCUUUAAUACAAAUGGGCUUUGAUAAUAGCAAGCUUAAGUUGUAUAGUACUGCAGAAGAAUGUGAUCAACUUCUAACUUUGGGAAGCCCAAAUGGAGGCAUUAGUGCUGCUUUUGAUGAAAUCCCAUACAUAAAGGUUAUUCUAUCAGGUUACUGCUCCAAAUAUACCACCAUUGGACCAACAUACAAAACUGAAGGGCCAGGCUUUGGUUUUGCAUUCAGAAGAGGUUCCCCUUUGGUAGCAGAUGUUUCAAGAGCUAUCUUAAAUUUAACACAGAAUAAUCAAGAUACCAUGAAAGCAAUUGAAGAUAGAUGGUUCAAGAACGAAACCCAUUGUAUACAACCCUCUGAAGAGGAUAGUUCCUACAAACUUGACCUUGAAAGUUUCCAAGGACUAUUUCUCGUUGCGGGUUUGGCUUCAUCAUUUGCCCUUAUAGUACACUAUUCUAUGAUACUUCGUGGCCACAGGAGGGUCUUCAUUCAGUUUGAUUCAAAUGAAUCAUUUUGCAAAAAAAUCUAUACCAUGUUUAGAAUCUACUUUCAAAAAGAUGCCAGAAUUGUUCCUGAUAAAGAUAUAUGGAUGCCUGAAGUGAAUUACGUAGCCCCACCAAAUCCACCAAGGAAUUUAGAACCAUAUGCUUGA